AUGAGGACUAAGCCGUUGUCAGGUGCUGUACUGUCUGCAUCUGCCUCUAACCCUUUAUACCUCACCUUGGUCGUUGCCUCGUUGCCCGUCAUGAAAACCAUCCAGUCUCUACUUAUCGCGACCAUCUUCGCUUUUGAUCCAACAGUACUUGCCGAAUGUAACAAGAACGGCAUGACAGGCGAAUACGACGUUAACAACAAUACCCCAGUCGACAUGAGAAUCGUGUGCGCUCAGCUAUCGGGCAGCUAUGUAAAGAAUGAAUUCCGCCGAAUCUGCAUCAUGGAUACGAAGGGUAGAAAGUGGGAUUUUGAGCUUUCGUAUAUCGGGAAUGGUGACCAACGCGACAUCGAUAUAGAAGAAUGCUAUAGCGGCAUGAAGGCAGAGGCCGGCUGCGAGCGCGGCGGCCGUAGGAAGUAUUGGAAUUGGGAAUACUCAUUUCUGACCAUGGAGACUUUCCAGGGCGGAUCCAAACGUCGGGCAAUGUGUGAAUAUGCACCCGUACGACUUUGCAAGACCAUUCGACGACCAGUAGGGAAGGGACGAUGGCCGGGUGUAAGGCUAUCUAGGGACCCCCAAGUCGACGGGUCAGGUCAAACUGGCUGGGUGGUGGAGUGGUCUACGGUCAACAAUCAAAUUACGUCCAAAGCCUACUCAACGACAGGCUACGAGUUCGAGUUCGAUUCCCAGUGUGAGCACCAAGAGAUGUAG